AUGGACAUCGCCAAGCGCCUCAGACAUAAGCAGUGUGAGGAGCUGGUGAGUGCAGUCUUUGAAUGGAAUCUAAAGGCCAUAUGGAUUUGACCACUGUAACAAUAUGGAUUUGACCACUGUAACAAUAUACUAAUAAUAAUUGAUUGGAUUUAUAGAGCGCUUUUCCAUCUAGGUUCUCAAAGCACUUUACAAAGUAAGGGGAAAACUCACCUCAUCCACCACCGAUGUGUGGCACCUACGUGGAAUAUGAUGACCCCACUGUCUUAGAGCAUGGUCCAGGGUUCUAUUUUAUCAACGUGGGUAAUAGUAAAGGUUGACUGUCUUUGUGCUGUCCAGCUGACCCAGGCUGUGACGGGGAAGUUUAACGUCCAUGUGCACGUGGAAUAUGAGUGGCGGCUCCAAAACAACGAUGACGACCUGGACGAGAGCGAAGAUGAGAUGGAGGACAAGGUGACUCAAAACUCAUAUAGAACUCUUAUAGAAUUCACAGAUUCUUCUAACCAUGGUUUUAUGGCAUACCAGGGAAACCUGAACUGCCUGCUGUAUUAGUUUAGUUCUUUUAUACACGAGUCAGUACUUGAGUCAGUACUAUAGUACUUCAACCUCAGUUGUGCUCAUCGCUAGCUAGAAUAAAUUACAUCAAUAGCAUACUAGCUUAUACUACACUAGCUUACUUACACUCUUUAUCCCCCAUACGCAGCCCAUCCCUCACAGACGGUCAGAGCAGGAGCGUCCAUUCAGCUGUUUUGUCCCAGGCAAUGGUCCCAUGGGUCCCGUGCCUGGUGGUCUCAACAUGGCCUCCCUGGCCCGCAAUGCAGCCAGCCUGGCCAGGGACAAGCAGCGAGCCCAUGUCCCCAGCAUGAUGAUGAACAAUGAGACCUACGGCACCAUCCUGGACCUCAGCCCCCUUCCCCCCGGCAUGCCAGGGGUAGCAGGGGGACUGGGGGUACACAUCCCACCCCUGCCCCCCAGGAACGCCAGCAAAGGUCAGUCCAUUGGCAAUGUGCAUAGGCCAUAGGUCAUAGAGCAUAGGUCAUAGAUCACGCUGUAGGUCAGAGCUGUUCAAUUCCAGCCCUGGUGGGCCAAAACACUUUUUUAGGUUUUCAGUCUCCUAAUCAAGGCCUGAUUCAGGCCUGCGUCACCAGCUGAGUGCAAUCAACUCCAAGUUAGAAAUAUAAACCGGAAAUGUUUCGGCCCUCCAAGACCAGAAUUAAACAGCCCUGCACUAGGUCAUGGAUUAUAGGUCCUUGACAUGGUUGCUGGAAUAGUGAACUAAACAUUAGAUGCUAAACUGUAGUAUACAGUGCCUUCGGAAAGUAUUCAAACCCCUUGACUUUUUCCACAUUUUGUUACGUUACAGCCUUAUUCGAAGAAAAACAAUUAUAUCCUCAGCAAUCUACACACAAUACCUCAUAAUAACAAAGCAAAAACAGGUUUUCAGAAAUUAUUUAUAUAAGUAUUCAGACCCUUUGCUAUGAGACUCGAAAAUGAGCUCAGGUGCAUCCUGUUUCCAUUGAUCAUCCUUGAUGUUUCUACAACUUUAUUGGAGUCCACCUGUGGUAAAUUAAAUUGAUUGGACAUGAUUUGGAAAGGCACACACCUGUCUAUAUAAGGUCCCACAGUUGACAGUGCAUGUCAGAGCAAAAACCAAGCCAUGAGGUCGAAGGAAUUGUCCGUAGAGCUCCGAGACAGGAUUGUGUUGAGGCACAGAUCUGGGGAAGGGUACCAAAAAAUGUCUACAGCAUUGAAGAUCCCCAAGAACACAGUGGCCUCCAUCAUUCUUAAAUGGAAGAAGCUUGGAACCACCAAGACUCUUCCUAGAGCUGGCCGCCCGGCCAAACUGAGCAAUCGGGGGAGAAGAGCCUUGGUCAGGGAGGUGACCAAGAACCCGAUGGUUACUCUGACAGAGCUCUAGAGUUCCUCUGUGGAGAUGGGAGAACCUUCCAGAAGGACAACCAUCUCUGCAGCACUCCACCAAUCAGGCCUUUAUGGUAGAGUGGCCAGACAGAAGCCACUCCUCAGUAAAAGGCACAUGACAGCCCGCUUGUAGUUUACCAAAAGGCACCUAAAGACUCUCAGACCACCAACCAGAUUCUCUGGUCUGAUGAAACCAAGAUUUAACGCUUUGGCCUGAAUGCCAAGCGUCACAUCUGGAGGAAACCUGGCACAAUCCCUACAGUGAAGCAAAGUACAGAGAUAUCCUUGAUGAAAACCUGCUCCAGAGCUCACAGGACCUCAGACUGGGGCGAAGGUUCACCUUCCAACAGGACAACGACCCUAAGCACACAGUCAAGACCGACAAUGCAGGAAUGGCUUCGGGACAAGUCUCUGAAUGUCCUUGAGUGGCCCAGCCAGAGCCCGAACCUAAACCUGAUCGAACAUCUCUGGAGAGACCUGAAAGUAGCUGUGCAGCAACGCUCCCCAUCCAACCUGACAGAGCUUGAGAGGAUCUGCAGAGAAGAAUGGGAGAAACUCCCCAAAUACAGGUGUGCUAAGCUUGUAGCGUCAUACCCAAGAAGACUUGAGGCUGUAAUCGCUGCCAAAGGUGCUUCAACAAAGUACUGAGUAAAGGGUCUGAAUACUUAUGUAAAUGUGAUAUUUCUAUUUUUUUAUUUGUAAUAAAUUAGCAAAAGUUUCUAAAAACCUGUUUUUGCUUUGUCAUUAUGGGGUAUUGUGUGUAGAUUGAUGAGUAAAAAACUAACUAUUUAAUCAAUUUUAGAAUAAGGCUGUAACCUAACAAAAUGUGGGAAAAGUCAAGGGGUCUGAAAACUUUCCAAAGGCACUGUAAAUAAAUGAUUGACCCUAUGACUGUAACCUUGCAGGCCCAGGGUGGAAGCAGGCUCCUAUGGAGGUGUUGGGUAGACAGAGGUCCUGCUCAGACCCCCCAAACCCUCACAUCCUGGAGCGUAACAGCUCCAUGAAUGGUAAGUGUACUACAUUAUAUUACCCGUUAGUACUAGCUCCUAACCUAUCCCUCACACAUGAUGUACUGCACUGCUGGCACAACAACAAGAUAUAAGCGCUGUAUAAGCACUUUGUUACAACUGCCGAUGUUAAACUUUUUUUUAAAUACAUUUGAUUGAUUUAUUGAUAUCACUCCCUUGUCUCCAUCCAGUGCUUCCCACAGCUGUUCCACCUGCUGCUCUGCCUCCCCCGGUGAGUAAAAGGACCAGUGUGAUGGGGCCUAGAGGCUGUAAGACUGCUCCUCUACCACCACUACCUCCAGUAUUACCUGGGCCUCCAGUGUCCCCCAUCUUCCCACUGCCACUACCACCAGUCCCGCCAAGAGUGCCCCCUUCACCCUCCUUCAAACCCACACAGCCCCCUCCUGUACCCGCCCACCAUCCCAGAAGCAGAGCCGCAGGGCCCAAAUCGCCUAAAUCCCCCAUUAGGUAAGAACUUGGGCAGUGUGUAUCAAGCAUUUCAGAGUAAGAGUGCUGAUUUAGGAUCAGUUUAGUCUUUUAGAUCACAAUGAAUAUGAUUACGUGGAUAGGGGGGACCUGAUUCUAGAUCAGCACUCCUACUCUGAGACGCUUGAUACGGCCGCUGACCAUGGAAGGAUUAUGUUUUCAAUACUUAAAAUGCAGGUUAAAAUGUUCUCAUUUAAUUGUAUUACAUCUUGUGUGUAGGUUUAUUAUGAGAUGUAUUAUCAGUUAACUGAGACAAUUAAUGUGUGUGUGGUUUCAGUUCAGAUAAACCCACACCUAAAGGACCACCCGGCAGGCCUGCUGGACCCACUAAUAGAUCCGGUAAACACAUCACACACUCAAAUACCAUUCACACAAUUUUAGUAUAAACUGAUUGUACAAAACAUAAGGAAAACCAGCUCUUUCCAUGACAUAGACUGACCAGGUGAAUCCAGGUGAAAGCUAUGAUCCCUUAUUGAUGUCACUUAUUAAAUCCACUUCAAUCAGUGUAAAUGAAGGGGAGGAGACAGGUUAAAGAAUGAUUUCUAAGCCUUGAGACAUGGAUUGUGUAUGUGUGCCAUUCAGAGGGUGAAUGGGCAAGACAAAAUAUUUAAGUGCCUUUGAACGGAGUAUGGUAGUAGGUGCCAGGCACACCGGUUUGUGUCUGCAACGCUGCUGGGUUUUUCACGCUCAACAGUUUCCUGUGUGUAUCAAGAAUGGUCCACCACCCAAAGGACAUCCAGCCAACUUGACACAACUGUGGGAAGCAUCAGAGUUAACAUGGGCCAGCAUCCCUGUGGAAUGCCUUCGACACCUUGUAGAGUCCAUGACCCAACGAAUUGAGGCUAUUCUGAGGGCAAAAGGGGGUGCAACUCAAUAUUAGGAAGGUGUUCCUAAAGUUUUGUACACUCAGCGUACAAUAUCAAAUAAAUAAAUAUAAUAUCAAAUAACUAGCCUGCUCUGGUUCAAAUAGCUUUGUUUUAUUUGUCUGGGUGCCAGUCUGUUUCUGCUUUCUUUCUUUCAAUUGGUUAGAGUAAUGGAGUUGAUAAGAGCACGAACAGAUCUGGGACCAGACUACUUACUAUUUUAUGUGUCAUGUCCAUGAAUUGAUUAUUAAAUGUCCCAAUGUGUCUUUUUGCUUGUGUGUUAGCAGUAAAGAAUGCACCUGUAACUGGAUCCCCUCAGAGCUCUGGUCCAACUCCUCCAACACCCAAGCCCCGUGCUAACCAUCCUGUGAGAUCCUCAACUCAGCCAAUCAGUGGCGUGCAAUCACUACCUAACACACAGACUAUUAUACCAAUACAGUAAUAUCAUAUUUACACUGAUUAUGAGCAGGUUUAUUUACAGUAUUGAGAUUUACCAUCAGGACUGAUUGAACUCUUGCAAAACCAUUAACUAACGUCUUCUUGUCUUACUCAUUAUUAUUUGGCCCUUAGAAACAGAGGCCCAAGAGGGUGAAAGCCAUCUACAAAUGUUCAGCUGAUAACCCAGAUGAGCUGACGUUCACUGAGGGAGAGGUGAUCGUAGUGGAUGGAGAGGAAGACCAGGAGUGGUGGGUAAGUACAACAGCUGCAACACACACCUACACGCACAAUCAUGCAUGCACACACACACAAAUUGCACACACACACACAUACACUGACUGUGUCCUUAUAUUUCUGAUCCACUGACUGUUGUCCUGUUGUGUAUGUUGCAGGUAGGACAUAUCGAGGGGGAGUCGACCAGGAGUGGAGUCUUCCCUGCGACAUUCGUGUGCUUCAUCCCUGACUGA